ACCUAAAAUAGUGGACUGUAACCCAUUAUGCAAAGUGAUAACAACAAAAAGUCCACAUAUUUCUACUAACACUGCAACUAUUGCUACUACUACUACUACUACUACUACUAUGACAAGAGGGUCAAAUGUCACAACAACAAAAGUCCCUCCAGCUCUAAACCCUCUGGUGUGGGUGCUGCUGUUGGUGGUAAUGCUGCCUCUUACGUGCUGCGUCUGUUUGUUGUUCAUGACAAACCUGUACAAAUAUGUACACCUCUGCUGCUCAUGCUGGAGAGACAAGCAGCACAUGGAGGCACCUCUUCAGACAGACGCAGAACGAGGCUGUCUUCAAAGCCCGACCACACUGGAUUUUACCUUCUAUGAGGAAACUCCCAUGAUGGAGGUUAUGAGCCCUGUCCCACCAGAGAUACCUGCCCACAGUGCCCCCCAGCUGCCAGAGGUGGAACACAGCGCUCUCUCAGACCAGACCAAGUGGGAGCCCUUCCCUGCCAUCGUCCUGUAUGCAGUGAUAAAAGAGGUGCCUCUGCGUCGUUGGAAAGAGCUCAUGCGUCUGCUCUCAGUGGCUGAUCAGCAGCUGGAGCGAGUGGAGCUGGACGUGGGCUUGAGUUCUAUGGAGAGACAGUACCAGCAGCUCAGGCUCUGGAGCCAGAAGUCAGAAGCCAAAAUAGAUGACAUUUACUCAGCACUUCACUACAUGGAGCUCACAGGAUGUGCACAUAUGAUCAGGGAAAGUCUUGACCAGAUACGUUUGAGAUCACAAGGGGGCGUUGUCUAAAACAAACUAAAGACUACAACACAGUUGAUUAUCUUCAGUACAGAAAACAUGUGAAUUUUUCUAACCUCAAAAUCCAGCCAAUGUUACUUCUUCAGAAAGCAUUCAUGAAGAUUAUCAUAUGAUGUCUCUUACAGCAUCUUAGGAUCAGAUGAUAAUUUGCUAGCAGACGCAAAAAAGGAGGUUUGAAAGGAGGAUGUACAUCAGAGUAGUAGUACUGUAGUAAUGUAGUACUCUAGUAGUGUAGUCCUCAAGUCCUAGAGUC